AUGACGUCAGCAGGCCUUCAAAACACGGAUCCCAAGCCAGCAAUGGCUGAAGGGUCGAGAGACGUGAGGCUGAAGGACAGGAAAUCUGUGAAGGGCGACGCCAUCAUGUGUGACCUCUCUGAGCAGGAUCACAAUGUUUUCUUAGCGAUAUCCUUCGGGAAGAUCCAUCGAGUUGCUGCCGCCUUACCGGAAGUUGACAACAUCAACAUGAGAAACCACGACAUGCAGACGCUACUGAUACACGCCACACAUUCCACAUCCGGGAAUCUCUGCAGCCAGCUCGUGCGCAUGCUCAUACAAGCCAACAGUGAUAUCAACGUACAGGACGUUUACGGACGCACUGCUCUCAUGUACGCAUGCGCAGACCGUCACAAUGAUGACGCAGUGCGUCACCUGAUAAGGCAGCCAUCAUGUGACCCGAACCUUGCAGACUGCGAAGGCAACACGGCGUUGAUGUUUGCCGUGGCAGCUGAUGCCGUAACUGCUGUUUAUAUACUUCUGAAACACAGAAAGGUACGUCAUAAAUUGAAUGUGAACAUCACUAACUCCAAAGGACUGACCGCUCUGGACAUGGCAAUAUCGCUCAAGUCGAAAGAAUGUUGCAAGCUUCUUGUCGAUCAGGCAGGCCAUAAAAUAACCUCUUUCAAAGACGAGGAAGGUUUGUCUGCCCUUCUUGGAACUAACGGAGUGACGUCGGAGUCUUCAGUAUGA